CCCCACUUAGUGGUUUAAAGCAUUUUUGUUCGCUAUAAUCACCAUCCCCAAUUCAACCCUGUCUGUGUCUAGGGCUUGAGCUCCAUUCAAAAAAUGGCAGCUGUUUACAGCUUCUACAUCAUCAACAAAUCAGGAGGCCUCAUCUUCUAUAAGGAUUACGGCUCUGCGGGACGAAUGGAUACGAAUGAUAGCUUGAGAUUGGCGAGUUUAUGGCAUUCAAUGCACGCUAUCUCUCAACAGCUAUCGCCUAUCAUGGGAUGUUCAGGGAUCGAGCUUCUCGAAGCUGACAAUUUCGAUCUCCAUUGCUUCCAAUCUCUUACUGGUAAAUCUCAUGGCAUUUUCUUUGAUUUCGUUUUAACUAUGAAAUUUGAAGUUUUAUUUAGAAAUCAUGUCUUUUCGAUGUACCUUAGUCUUCUGUUUGUUUUUCAAGAAAUUCCAAGAAUAGAGAAAAAGAUUAAAAAAAAUAAUGAAUUGUUGAAGCCGUGGUUUGCUUUGUUGGUUGCAAGUCCAACAUUGUGAUUUCUUAGUGCAGUUUGAAGCUUGUUAAUGCUGUAAUAGAAUUUGAGAAUCCUCAGUUUUAAAAUCCCUUUUGAGGUUAAAGAUUUGAGGAUUCUUAGAAUUAUUAGGGGGACUUUAAAGUUCUGAAUCACACAUUUGAAGUUCUUUGAAAGUAGGUGUUAUUUCAAAGUCAUAGUCCUAAAAUCAAAUGACCGUGAAGAAAAGGAUUGUUAACUAUAGUAGAAACACAACUAUUGGAGCCAUUGAUAUGACCACCAAAGUUUCCAUUGCUAUCUUCGUUUGGCCAUGAUCAUACCUGUCACACUUCUACCGGGACAAUACCAUUACUUAUGCCACGUGUCAUCAUCAUUGUUGUUGUUAAGAGCAUUGGUACCGACACCACCAUUGGAAGUUCCACAUCACUACACUACUGCCCAAUCCAUUACCAUGCUACCUCCGUGUUACUUUGAAUGCUGCUACCAUUGUUGGUGAGGUAUUAUGGGUAUUAUCAU